GUCUCUAAACUACCGUCACAAUGUCCGCCGAUAAGGAACUCACCUUCAAGGAGGUCGCCGAUCACAACACCAAGAAGGACCUGUACAUGGUCGUUCACGAUAAGGUCUACGACUGCAGUUCUUUUGUCGAUGAGCACCCUGGUGGUGAAGAAGUCCUCCUCGAUGUAGGUGGCCAGGACGCCACGGAGGCCUUUGAGGACGUCGGACACAGUGACGAGGCUCGCGAAAUCUUGGAUGGUCUCCUCGUCGGUAAACUCAAGCGCAUGCCCGGCGACCCUGCCCCCAAGGCUGAAGCCCAGUCCUCCGGCGACUCCUCCUCCGGCGGCGGCAGCACCGGCCUCGGUGUCGGUCUUUAUGCCAUCCUCCUGAUCGGUGGUGCCGCUGCCUUCUUCGCUUACCAGUACGUCCAGGCGUCUGCUGCUGAGACGCAGUAAGCUGGUGAGAUAGAAGAGAUGAGUCGGACCGAUGGGAGAUUCCAGAAGUAAAAGAAAAAAGAUACUAAAAAAACAUGCAACAAAGAAAUGCUACGAAGACCUUUUGAGACCAGUUCUUACUAUUAUUAUUUUUCGGUUGCCCUGUUUUUUUUCCCCUUCAUCUAUAUUUAAUGUUACCAUUUUUCUUGAUCGAUUAUUAUUGUUUGACAGUUGGCUCCAGCAUCAGGCGUGUGUGUUAGGUGAUACCUUCUUAUCUGUCCCAUCAUCAACCCGAGAGUUGCGAGAUCUUUUUUUACCUUUUUUUUUUUUUUUUUUUUUUU